GCUGAUGGUUAGUGGAAAGCGUGGAGAAAAGAGUUUCCUCUUACAAACUUUCCUGAAUAUGACCAUGCAGUAGCUUAGCUGAACUUCCAGUCAGAGCUAACUGUAGAGGAAAAAGCAACCUGCUUGCCUCGUCCACCUGUGUCUUUCCCUCUUGGGGGAAUUAUCCUAAGCAUUGUGUGUGAAUACAUUUCACGUGGUGGGUCAGAGGGGAAGACAGUCUCUGUGGAAGCUGGGCCAGACCACUUAAGGGCUCUGUAUAUAGAUAGCAUCUUGAAUUUGACCAGAAACCUGCCUGGCAGGCAGUAUGGUAUGUGGAGCACGGAUGUAAUAUGUUUUUUGCCAGACCGUCAUGGUUAAAAUGCAGACAGUGACUAUGUAACUUCUUGAGGCUUCCAAGGAGCCUUCACAGCAACUCACAGAGUAAUGAUGAUGCUAGUCACCUUGAUUUCAAGGACAACAUCGACAAUCAUAGUUUGUACUAAUGGGUCUUUGUGUGACUUCAUAGACCAACUCGGGAAGAAAAAAGUUUAUUGCACUGGCCACAGAGUCAUUUAUAUAGUUGUGUUGAUUGAACUGCAUGUUCUUUCUGUGCCAGUUGCUCAAAAGUUGAGUCAGAAAUAUUUGUUUUGCAGUUUGUUUUAGGAUGUCUUUGAAGUGUUUCAUCUGACCCCCAUGCUUAUGAUUGGUGGAUCUUAAUUCAGAAUAUAAUACUCAUUUUGAAAAAUGGGUCUCAGGCAUAUGAAUUACAUAGCCAGUCUGUCUCAUUUGGGCACAGAUCAAAUGAACCUUGAUGCUGACUGAACCAGCUUUCACCAGGAUUUCCGUGUUGGAAACCUGGUCCAGCCAUUUCAUGCCCAGCAAUUGUAGCAGGUGUGGCAAAUGGAAACUGUCAAGCUUUUCAAUGUCCUUUUAUCAAAAGCACCAUGUUUCACACCCACAGAGCAAUGUCCUGAGGAAAACGGUGUUGUAGACUUUAAUUUUUGUCUGCAGAUAGAUUCCACAUUACUUCUAAGUUCAAUGAUGGAGGAGACAAUAUGCAGCACUCGCUUUCUUAAUUCUCACAUCCACUUUGUAGUUGAUUGUAGCUUUGUUGUUCAACAUACUGCCAAGAUAUGUAAACUGUUUGACAACUUGGAGCAUAAUACCUUCCAACCUUAUUGAUGAGUCUUAGGCCUGGUCUACACUAGGAGGUUAUGUUGAAUUUAGCAGCGUUAAAUCGAAUUAACCCUGCACCUGUCCACACAACGAAGCUAUUUAGUUCGACAUAGAGGUCUCUUUAAAUCGAUUUCUGUACUCCUCCCCGAUGAGGGGAGUAGCGCUAAAUUCGACAUGGCCAUGUCGAAUUAGGGUAGGUGUGGAUGGAAUUCGACGCUAAUAGCUCCGGGAGCUAUCCCACAGUGCACCACUCUGUUGACGCUCUGGACAGCAGUCAGAGCUCGGAUGCUCUGACCAGCCACACAGGAAAAGCCCCAGGAAAAUUUGAAUUCCUUUUCCUGUCUGGGCAGUUUGAAUCUCAUUUCCUGUUUGGACAUCGUGGCGAGCUCAGCAGCACUGGCAACGAUGCAGAGCUCUCCAGCAGAGGUGACCAUGCAAUCGCAGAAUAGAAAGAGGGCCCCAGCAUGGACUGAUCGGGAAGUCUUGGAUCUGAUCGCUGUGUGGGGUGAUGAGUCUGUGCUUUCGGAACUGCGAUCAAAAAAACGGAAUGCGAAGAUCUACGAGAAGAUCUCCAAAGCCAUGAUGGAGAGAGGAUAUAGCCGGGAUGCAAUGCAGUGCCGCGUGAAAAUCAAGGACCCGAGACAAGGCUACCAGAAGACCAAAGCGGCAAACGGACGCUCCAGAUCCCAGCCCCAGACAUACCGUUUCUACGAGGCACUGCAUUCCAUUCUAGGUGCGGCCGCCACCGCUACCCCGCCACUGACUGUGGACUCUGAUGAUGGGGUUUUGUCGAUGGCUGCUUCCUCAGAGAUGUUCGCGGACGGGGAAGAUGAGGAAGGAGAUGAGGAGGACGAGGCAGUCGACAGUGCAUACAACGCUGAUUUCCCCGACAGCCAGGAUCUCUUCAUCACCCUCACGGAGAUCCCUUACCAACCCUCCCAAGGCGUUAACCCUGACCCUGAAUCAGGGGAAGGAUCAGUCGCUGCGACUGUCUCCCGACCUACCCCGGCAUCCCCCUCCCAGAGGCUGGCACAGAUUAGGCGCUGAAAGAGAAGGACACGGGACGAGAUGUUCUCCGAACUUAUGGGCUGCUCCCGAGCCGAUGCGGCCCAGCAGACCCAGUGGAGGGAGAACAUGUCGCAAUACCAGUGAUCACACAGCGAUCGGGAGAACAGGUGGCGGCAGGAAGACCAGCAGGCGACUCAAAUGCUGCUUGGACUAAUGAGGGAGCAAACAGACAUGCUCCGGCGCCUUGUAGAUGUUCUGCAGGAUCGGAGGCAGGAGGACAGAGCCCCGCUGCAGUCUAUCUCUAACCGCCCUCCCCCCGCCACAAAGUCCCAUCCCCCCCUCACCCAAAGUUCCAAGAAGGAGGGGUGGCAGGGGCCGUGAAAACAGUCACUCCACCCCUGCAGACUGCUCAAGUACUAGAUGGCUCUCAUUCCCAAAGUUUUGAUAAGUCCUUUCCUUCACUCCAAAAGCACCUCACCCAAGCCCCCGUCCCA